GGGGGUACGCGCAGUCAUGUCCGAGGGCGGACCGCUUGUAAACAUGAUGCCCCUCUUUCAGCAAGUGCAACGGGGGUAGUGGGUGGCGUUAGAGGAGGAGAUGGGGGGUCUGGUGGGGGAGCAUUGGAGGUGUCUGCCCGAUUUGGGAGAAAGCAGGAGAAGAUUUGAGGGGGCGACCGAGGGAGGAACUACAGGCGUAAGGAUGCUACGGCAUAGAGCAGAGUGGGUGGUGGGAAAGGCCUCUGCCUUUUCGUUUGGUAUUGCCUCUUGUGAAGACUUCUGGAACAGAGAUGCUGAUGGAUUCUGUGGGGAAUGCCUGCAGCCAUGCCUCCAAGUACCGUCUCCUCUCUGCCCACUCUGCCGCAUGCCCUUUGACCCCAAAAAGGUGGAGAAGGCCUCCAGUGUAGAGAAGCAGCUCUCCUCAUUCAAGGCUCCCUGCCGGGGCUGUAGCAAAAAGGUGACCCUCGCAAAGAUGAGAUCCCAUGUCACAUCCUGUACUAAGGUUCAGGAGCAGAUGGCCAACUGUCCAAAGUUUGUUCCUGUUGUCCCGACGUCCCAACCCAUUCCCAGCAAUAUCCCAAACCGGUCCACAUUUGUGUGUCCCUAUUGUGGAGCGCGGAACCUGGACCAGCAAGAGCUGGUGAAACACUGCAUGGAAAACCACCGCAACGACCCCAACAAAGUGUUGACAGUCCACUUCUUCUCUUCCUCCUGCCCCUCUGUGUUCCAGGUAUGCCCAGUCUGUUCAGCCAUGCCUUGGGGUGACCCCAGUUAUAAGAGUGCCAACUUCCUACAGCAUCUUCUGCACAGGCACAAGUUCUCCUAUGACACAUUUGUGGACUACAGCAUCGAUGAAGAAGCAGCACUGCAAGCGGCGCUGGCACUCUCCCUCUCCGAGAACUGAGGGCAACCGCCAUGUGGUGGAUCGGGACUGUUCAGGGCUCUUGCUGACCUUUCCCCACACAGUGGGGAGGCACAACCCCUCGCCCUUCCCUCGGCCUCCAUCUAACAAGUAGGCAGCCCAUUCCCUCGGCUCCUGUCCUGCCGCCUUCUGCCAGGUGGAACCUUCCUUCAUUUUUCGGAGCUCAGAGGUGAGGGGAUUCGAUGUAGGCGCUUGAACAGGAAAAUGCAGCGGGGGACCCUGGCCUCGCCCACUUCGAACUGUCGUUUGGGCCCACUUUGUACUUCCGGUUGGACAUUCCAUAUGUAACUUCAGCGCAGAGGGUAUAUUUUAUUAAGAUGCUUUUACUAAGAUUUUAGCACUGUCGGCCCUCAUCCUGUUUGCGGUUUAUAUAGCAGCAACGCAUUUUGUGGGGAACUCUGUAGUUUAAACCUUUUUUUAAAAAAAGAAAUAUCGCCUGUGGUUUUUGUUAAGUCAUUUGGGAUUUUUUAAUUAUUAUUUAAAAGAAGAAGAACAAGCAUGGGACACAGGCACUUUGUAGGACUAUUUAUUACGCCCUUGGGGAAGAAAUUGCUUACCACUCAGCCCUUGAAACAGAGGCAGCAAACGCUGGGAGUGCAUGGAAAUGCCAAAGAAAGGCAUUUCAAAAGGAUCCAGAAUCCCCAAGUCAGGUUAGGAAGCCAUUCCUAGCCACAUGCAUCUUUCUCUCCCUUUCCCUUCUGCACCCCCUCCCCCCAAAAAACCCUUCCUCAUUUUGUACCGGCUUUUGUGAUAACUCUACAUGCAGCCUUUCCCAGCCCGGUGCAUUCCAGGUGAUUUGGACCACAGUCCCCAUCAGCACCAGCUGGGAGUUGUAGUCCAAAACUCCCGGGAGCCACCAUGCUGCCUGAGGCUGCCAUGUAGGUUAUCUGUGGGGGAUUUUUUUCUACAUCUAUCGGUGUGACAAUACUCUUUUCACAUUUUAUAGAGAGAAAAACAAAACAGUUAACUGUUGAUACUGCAAUAUCUGUGUUUGACUAGGAACAAUAGUAUUUUUAUGGAGCAUUAUUUUUUAAAGUAUAUUUUUUAAAGAAAAAAGAGGUAUGUAUUCAAGAAUUUCAGGGUGGGGGUGGGGGGCAUGCCAGAACCUGGAGUGGAGAAGGGGCUUCCUUUCAUUAACACUGGAGCAAUCGGACUAUUGUCAUCUUCUUGUUUUUCAAUAUUUCUCUUCUCUCCCCCCCCCCCACAAAAAAAGGAAAAAGAUCUUUGUUGAAAUGACCUUUCUGGGUUUCCUUUUCACCAAGUAACAAUCCUUUCUUUUUAGAAGCUAGAGGGGGAGAGAGAAACUUGUGCGGCCAUUUCAGGUUGUCAUAAGCUGUUACACGCCGCAAGGUACUGCAAGGUUUUAUCAUCCAGGUAUCAUAAUAAUGGAUCAGCAGGUCCAAAGUAGACUUGAAAGAAAUAAAAGCUGUGAAUAAGCUACA